AAAUAUUUACUUGACACAAAUAUUCCAUUGCAAAAAGUCAUUAAUUAGCGAUAAAAAAAACAUUAGACAUUCCAUAACAUUAACGAAUAAAAAGGAUACUUUUCCUAUCAUAUGUAAUAGGAAAAAUGUUUCAUUUUAUCCAAACAUCCGAGAAUUAUUGGAAAUAAAUAAUUUGACGGGAAUUUGGUAAACAAUAGAAAAAAGUGGGUGGUGUGUCGUUAACAAAAGUUUUUUUUAUAUUCGAUAAUCCAAUUAAAAGUGAAAAGUUUUUGUGUCACGCUUGAAUAAUUUGAAAAGAAAAACAAAGCUGAAAUGCAUUUAAGUGCCGAUAUAUCGAGUGCUUUACAGCAAAUUGAGGCUGUUAAAAGGGGCAUUGAUGAAAGUGAUGAUCCGAAGUUGCAGUCACAAACUGGAGAUAGUCUUAAGACUAUAUUGGAUAUACUCCAAGAUCCGGUGUUCAGGACAAUAGUACAUGUUCAGGAUUCAUUGUCGGAAUUGAAUGCUCAAUUGACACAGCAUCCAUCAAUGUUGCCGAAUGAUUUCGAUAUUGAUAUGGCUGGUAACUUGGUGUUGAGUGUUAAUGGAGGCGAUGUCAUGUAUGAAUUCGAUGAACGUCUUUCUACGCCUCUGAAUAGUGCUUCGGGACCAAACAGUCCAGGUAGUAGUAAGGCAGCUGCGGAUAUUGUUGAUCCCUCAUUGGUACAACAUACAAAGAUGCCAUCUUUAUCUGGAGUUGAACUAUUUCCCACGGAUUAUGUGCAAAUACAGGCCAUAGAGCUGGUAAAUGAUGGCACCGGCUUGGGAUUUGGUAUUAUUGGUGCUAGAACAUCGGGAGUGAUUGUUAAAACUAUAUUGCCCGGUGGAGUUGCGGAUAGAGAUGGUCGUUUACGUUCUGGUGAUCACAUACUACAAAUCGGCGACGUUAACCUACAGGAAAUGGUGUCUGAACAAGUAGCAACUGUACUUAGACAGUCCGGUACCCAUGUGCGAUUGGUGGUCGGUCGGGCUAUUGAGCAUCCUUCACCCAUUGGUCUGAAUUUAGAGCCUGGCAGUGCUGUUGUGCCUGCUCGAGUACUGGUGGACAGAGCUGAACUUGAGCGGUAUUUAAUUUCUACUGGUUAUCCGGAAAUAUUUGGUGAAAGCUCUAAUGCUUCCACUCCACAGACAACAACCGAAGAUGAGCGUUUUGUUUAUCGUGGUAAACAGCCCAUUAUCGAUUUGCUGGAAUUACCUGAAACGGAAAAGCUACAAGUUGAAUUGACCAAAGAUGCCAAUGGUUUAGGCAUAACCAUUGCAGGAUAUGUAUGUGAAAAAGAAGAACUUUCUGGUAUUUUUGUGAAAAGUGUUUCUCCUGGUUCGGCGGCCGACCUUAAUGGACGUAUUCGGGUCAACGAUCGCAUCAUUGAAGUAGAUGGUCAGUCGCUGCAAGGUUUUUCUAACCAUCAAGCAGUUGAACUGCUUAAACAAUCUGGUCAGGUGGUAAACUUACGGCUAGAACGUUACCUUCGAGGUCCCAAGUAUGAGCAACUACAACAGGCCAUUGCAGCCAACGAUAAAAUUCCAUCAGUCCCUUCUACACCGUCACGUAGUACCACUGCUCAUUUGCCAUCCAGUUCCAUAACCCCUCUGCGUUCGUCUACUGCCACUACAGAUUUAUCAUUCUUAUCUGGACGUGAAACUUUACCCUCGAAUGAAGUAAAUAUUUUUGCUACUGAACCGGAAAGCUUUACUUUGACAUCGGGAAAUACCAGUAGUACCAUUACAACGACUACGAAUUUAUCUACAUUUGGAGUUGACAAGAGCAUUAUAUCAUUACAUGAUGAACAGCCAACCAAAAUUAUAACAUCUGACAUUUUGUCUGCACCAGAAUCAGAACAACAUGACUUAAUGGAGCCAUUACAUGCCAAAAAUAAUAUUCUUCUUACUCGCCAAAAGUAUUACACAGAUCCCGAUCUUACACCCGAUACCGAACAAGAAAUCAUACGUAAAUGGAAGAAAAAUGUAGGUCCAGAUGUUGAUGUUAUUGUGGCUCAAAUUAAAAAGUUCCCUGUUGGCGGAUUAGGCAUUUCUCUAGAGGGUACUGUAGAUGUUGAGGGAGGGCGUGAAGUGAGACCACAUCAUUAUAUACGUUCCAUUUUGGCUGAUGGUCCCGUGGGUGUCAAUGGCAAAUUAAGGGCCGGUGAUGAACUACUUGAAGUUAAUGGUCAACGUCUCUUUGGCAUGAAUCAUUUAGAAGUUGUGGCUAUUUUAAAAGAACUGCCACAAGAUGUACGCAUGGUUUGUGGUCGCAGCAAAACCGAAUUGAUGUCGUUCUCAGACGACACUCUGCAGAAAUUGAGCAACAAUUUCGAAAAUCUAGUACCAGCAUCAGAUCGUUUGGUAAAAGCUAAAUCGGAUGGCAACUUGGCAACUACAUCACCUACAAAUGAGGAUUCGUUUAAACUUAAAUCUAGAUCAUUAGAACCCCUCACAGGUUUGGCUAUGUGGUCAUCGGAGCCUCAAAUAAUCGAGCUAAUUAAGGGCGAUCGCGGUUUGGGAUUUUCCAUUUUGGAUUAUCAAGACCCCAUGGAUUCAAAUGAUUGUUUGAUUGUUAUACGUUCUUUAGUGCCCGGCGGAGUAGCUCAAUUGGAUGGACGUUUGAUACCCGGAGAUCGUUUGCUGUUUGUCAAUAACAUUAACUUGGAAAAUGCCACCUUGGACCAAGCGGUACAGGCUUUAAAGGGAGCUUCCAAGGGCAUAGUACGUAUUGGCGUGGCCAAACCGUUACCAAUGACAGAUACAUCAUUAAAAGCCAGCUCUGCGAAUACCAGUCAAAUUGGCAGCGAACUUGAUCACGAAGAUAACACCACUUCAGCGGCCAAAGUGGGAGAAUUUAAAAGUUUACCAACUUCAGGCAAUACCAUGGAUAACUCUGAACCUGAUUUGAUUUCCAAUUGGAGAAAGUAAUAACAGGCCAACGAAUGCCAAGAUGUACAUAUAUGUACAUAUAGCAAGGAAUACUUAAGCUGGAGUACUUAAUUAACACGAAACAAACAGAAAACUACCAAACAUUCCAUAUCCUUUACAAAAAAAUAAAAAUAUGUAGGUUUAAAAUUACGAAUCAAAAAGAAUAUUGUCAAUUUUUAUGUGUUCAUUUUUUGCAAUAUACUACAAUUCUAGAGUAUUAAAAGUCUUUUUGAGGGAUACAUGUGAAAACCGUAAUAGUUUGUAUUUUACUUGACUAUGGUUUUAAGGAAAAUAAUAGUACAUAGUAAUAAAAAAAAAACAUCAAACAAUGGAGAAGUGCCUUUAGUUCUUUAAACAAUUCUUUUUGAUUCAAUUUUACCAAAAUUUAAUCACAACCUAUUCCAAGUAGUUUCUAGUUUUUAACCAAUUAUAAUUAUUAUUAACGUUUAUUAUAAAUUAUACUAAUAUUACAUUAUUAUCGUUAAGAGAUUUCUUUGGUUUAUUUGUUACUGCAUUCCAUUAAAUAUAUUUGAUGUUUUACUAAAAAUCAAGUUAUUUUUGUUAAUGAAGCAAUAUAAAGUUCAGGGGGGUUACUUCCUAAUUCGAUUCUAAAGGAAAUCUUUUCUAAUUACAAUGUAUUUAGCACACAUUUUCGUUGUCGGAUUGAGUUCGCAGUAACCCCAGAACUUAAUUGCACUUCUAUGAAAUUUCAUAUCGUACUUUUAGUAAUACAAGGUAAACUCUGAAUCUCUUAAUGAGCUUACUGUAGUUCAUAUCGAAUAAAAUGUGUUUAUUUAAAAAAAAAACAAA